UAUAUGUUGAAGUUGGUAUCUAUAGCAAUCAUAAACUUAACAUAAAGUGACGCAGUCGGAAAAAUUGAUAUUAUUUUCCCUGGGAUUUUUUUUACGUUUACACCGAUAGGCAUUACUACAGCAACAUGGCAGAAGCUAAUUUUCAGACCCCAAUUUACGUAACUGAUGAAAAUCAUAGACCAGGCUUUGUACAGGUUAUAUUAGAUAUACCUAAUCUGGAACCAAUCAAGAAAAAACAUCCAAAUGCUAAAAAUGCCAAUGUAAUUUAUGAAUUCCAUAAAAGAUCUAUGUGCAUCACAAUUAAUGGAAACAAAGGAAAGUUACUGAACAAAAAGUAUCAACUCAAUAUCAAAAAGCUACCAGGUGAUAUAGAAGAAAAUACUUCUCAUAUUAAGACUCAGCUAUAUUGCACCAUGAGAAGAGCUGUGAGAGAGCACUCACAACAUCCGUCUUCAGAAAUAGCAAAUGUUUGAGCAAGGGGCUGAUAACUUCUUCACCCAGCAAAACUGACAUGCUAGUGAAAUCAACCAAAGAUGACCCAGUAUGGCAUGAAAUGGCAAUAAUAUAAUAAUAAAUUAUUAUAUUUUAUAUAGAUUAUGUUCCUUCUAUAAUACUUCUUAACCCUAACACUCCUAUUCUCUCUCCUAUUCACCCUUUCACUCAUAGAGAUUCUUUUGUCUUGUAAGUGACAAGAUAAACUCCAUUAGCACUACUGGUGUCACAAAAAAGCAUCCAGAACACUCUCUAAAGUGGGUGGCUUUUUGGUCUUGUCAGUUAUAAGGUAAUCUCACUAGUGCUUGUGCUACAAAAAACAAUGCACCCAGUACACUUUGUAAAGUGUUUGUAUUAGGAAGAACAUCCAGCAACAGAAGCCUAUCAAAAUUAAGACAUUGGUGUGAUAUACAUAGCCCUCCAACACAUUGGAUCCUGCCAAACUAUCCUGCUCAUACCAGCAUGGAAACUGUAUGUAAAAAAAAUAUGAUGAUGGCAAAGCAGAGGAAGAGGAGGAGCAAAGUUUUCAUCAAUGAGUUAUGAAAACUGGAUCUUGAAGCUUAUGUUUUAUUGUGUAAUUGUAUAACAUUAAUGCAAAUAUUAGCAUGAAACUGCUGUUGAACAGGUUUAUUGUUUCUGGCCAGGAUAUUUUAUUCUAUAUUAUCUCAGUUCAUUUGGUUGUUUGGACUAUGUGUCAGAGCUUCUGGGAAAGUUACCUUUGAUAGUCUGGUAUUACCAUCUAGAGGAGAUGUGUUUCUCAUCCACUUCAUGUUACACUAUUUUGAAAGGUAAAAAUUAGUGGUUUUCGUUUGUGAAAAAAACAAAAAAAACAAUAAAAAUUUCGUGAAACUACUUAACAAUUCGUCUC